UCUCUCUCCUCUCUUCCCUUCCACCGGCGAGCUAGCGCCCGUUGAACGAGUCGCACAUUCUCCACUUCAAUGGAGGCGCAGCCCAAAGAUCGGGCACGGGACAGUCGAAAUCAACACCGCGGAGACGACGCAAGCCCUCCUCGGCGGACCGUUUGCCUAAAACAUGAUCAGAGCCACUUCCACCAGCGCCAGCAUCAGGAAACGAACGCGAAGAAAACAGGCAACAAAAAAGUAAGCACUGGCGAAGAGGAGGUGGAAAAGAGCACACAUUUGUUUGCUGCCGUUGGUAUGCUGCAUCCUCCCAACAGCAAUGGAAACAGACACACAAGUAACAUACACGUGAAGCAGAAGCCGACGCAACGGUUGUAUUCGACGUCUCCAAAAGCGAGCAUCAAAGGAGCAGACUACAAAAAGACCAUGGACCUUAAAAAUGAUAAGACUGUUGACUUGAAUUCUCACGAAGAUAAGAAAGACUCUGUGUUGCUGCAAAAUGGCAUCGUGCACUGCGGCGUGAUUAUAAACGGCUACUCGUGCAAGGACAAUGAUGGCAGCGGAUCCGAGGGUGGAUAUACCACGCCGAAGAAACGCAAGGCCAGAUGUAACAACAUGAAGAACACUGACAAUGCAACGAGAGAAAAUGACACUCAGCAGAAAAUCACUCCACCGGAGCCCGUGGCGACCGAGAAAGGAGGCCUUUCUAGACUUGACUGCUUGAAAGCCACACAUAAAGGGGAGACUCAGUCAGCGCCAAGACGGACUGAAGCCUCUGAGGACUCGGCGGGGGAACAACCUCAGAGGAAGAACUCCGAUGGGAAAGCCGUCGGUAAAAAGACUGAGGAGCGGCACAAAGCCAAGGUUUGCUCACCUUCGAAAGAGGACCCGUGGACUUUGUUCAAACCUCCGCCAGUGUUUCCUGUGGACAAUAGCAGUGCUAAAAUAGUUCCCAAGAUCAGUUAUGCAAGUAAAGUCAAAGAGAACCUCAACAAAGUCGUAGCUCAAAGUGGAGCAGAAGCUCCGCCUCCUCCUGUGAGACUGUCGCAGGUGCCCAUGUCUGCUAUGAAAACCAUCACGUCAGCUAGCUUUACUAACGGCCCCGUUUCGGCUAGUGGAAACGGCUGUCCAUCAACGGGCACCUUCUUUACUUCCGCCGCUCCGGGAAGCGGCAACAAUGUAGCAUCUCCUUUUGAAAGUAACUGUAGCUCUGCAAACAGCCCCAUUGAGGGCGAGGCGUACGAACUGAGAAAGUGUUCCCUCUUAAUUUACCCUUUAAAUAUGCAACCCGCGCUUCCCAGCGCCCGCCACCUCAACCCGCCGGCUGCUCAGACAAAUCAGAAAGCCUUGGGUGAGAUCUUCCACAAUAAAUGGGGCCUUUCGUUUAUUAAUGAGCCCAACUUGGGGCCAGAAGGGGGAAGUGAGCCGAUGCCGUCGGAGAACAACCCAUCCGUGGGCCAGUGCCAGACGAAAGCUGGGCAGCCGUGCUUUGAGGAAGGCCCUUUCUUCUUGGAGCCUGGCACUUUGGCUCAAGAUGCAGUGAAAAGGACUUUAAUUAUUUCGCCAGCUUGUUCUCAUCUUUGCGUCCCGGCCGAGCAGGAGAAGGGGGGAAAGACUGGCGUAGAUGCUCCCCGUAAGGACAAUGGUGCUAAGCCUGUGCAGGGACACGCAACCCCAGUGUUGUUUGGCAAGUCGAAAGAACAGGCCUCGUCUAAAGAUGUCUGCAGAAGGCGGAGCUGGGGGUCCUUCGACGUCAAAGCUGCUGUCACUUAUCACACUAAAGAAAUGGAAUACGUUUUCAGCUUGCAAAAACAAUAUCCAAAUCGAGUAUUGGUUUAUACUGAGACCAAGGAUGGACCCGAUCAGUGAUGUAGACGUCCGCAGUGCUCGCCUCCGUCUCUUCUGGGUGCUGUGGGUACCCUCCUUGGAAAUUCUACAUGGUGUUGGAGUGGAGGGAACUGUGAAAAGGAAAAAAAACAAAAAAAAACAACACUUGCUCGUUUUAGCACGGCAACGACUUCUUUGAGUGUGUCGGACUCGUACACGGACGAAGACGAUCGAGUGGUGCCUCUACAAAGAGCGGACGGGCUGUGACCGAUAAUGGCCGCGAAGAGGUGAUGUCAUUAACGAACUGCGUCUCCUAAAGCCUUUAUAACUAUGGGCUGUGGCGGCCAGCCCUCCAAACUGCAUAAAUGCCACCAACGCUUUCAACUUGAGUCGGACGUAAACAGCCAAUGACUGGUGAAGACUUUUUGAAACCAAUGCCAGUGUAGUCAGACUGUAUACGUUGGUAAAUAGAAGGGCCGGAAUCUUUGUCUUAAAAAUCUGCAGGGCAACCCGUAACCCCCCCUGUGACCCCGUCGUUGGCGCUUUCCAGGCGUGCUACAGGUGGUAACGACUUCUCAACCAAAAUGCCGGGUUUUCUCGUCGGGUUCGGUUCAGAUGUUUUGGACUUCCAUGAUUCAAUAACACUCGAUUUGUUUUUUGUUGGUGUCGAUGGCGGGGUGAGGUGAAGUAACAUCGCGCGUCGCAGUCUCGAAGCUUAACUCGCCUGACUCUGCCUUUUUAUUUGUCUGUCCUGCAUGUUUACUGGUGGAAUUCGUCUAUAAGGUUUGUGAUGACGCCUUUGAAAUGUGAAGAAGGUUCGUGGGUCAGGUUUUAAUGUCGUUAACGUUGUCGCAAGAUGGCCGGCGAGGGGUCAUCCACGGACGUUGUUCACUUUUGCUGAUGUGUUGAAAGCUGUACUUAAGUCUAGGAAGCCCAAAUUUGCCCGCCGUGAUGUCACUUUCAAAUCAGUAUUGAUGUAUUGAACACAACUUAAGGACCUUUGAGGUUUUGAAACGCUAGGAUUUGGUUGACGUAUGGAUUGCUAGCACUUUAUGUAAACUAAUUGCGUUAACGUUUUUAGUUCCUAGAGCUCUAUUGACACAACUCCUCCCUAAAAGAAUGACUGUGGGCUGUUACUUCUCAGAACAAACAAUUAUUCAAUGUAACUCAGGUAGCGUUGAUAAAGCCAUGACUAUGUUCACUUUUUUUUUUUUUUUGCCAAAAGACCACCUGUUGUGAUGCCCUCUAAUUUGAAAAUAUCAAAUUGGAAUCUAUUUAGGAGAUGAUUCAUGACAUUCCGGAAGAGGAUUUCACUAAACACCUAUUUGUUUGGAGUGAAAGCCCUUCUCGUGUCAGGAGUCAUGCUGGGACUACAUUUAGAAAACUUUGCAACUUUUCUAAAUGGAUGCCAGCCUGUAAGCCUUCAUUAGCACCUUGACGAUUCUUGAUUUCUCGGGCUAGCAUCGACUGGCUCACCGCAAUCUGGCUCCCCCCCAUGUUCUCAAGUAUUCUUCUUGCUGCUGUGGCCUGAUUAGGCCUCACCGUAGAGGCACACGGCCCCUAACACCCGCCCCCCCCCUUCCCUUUUCCAAGUCAACUUGACAUUUUACUUUUCAAUGACGUUGAAAAACGAUUUUGUUAUGGCUUCUGCUGAGCAUCGGAAUGCUUUGCGUGUGUGUGCGAAACGAAUGGUCAAGCCACGAAAAGAAAGAAAAAAAGUUUCUGCAAGGAAAUGGCAGGUUUUCGAACAAAUCUCUUCAUUGUAUAAGGUGACACUAUCAGGUCGUCUUUGGGCAUAUUUAGGCUUCUGCGUCUCAAAACAGGGUGAUUAAGAAUGAGCUAAUUAUUUUCGGAUUGUUUUGCAAUGAUUUUGUUUCUUUAGAAAAUAAUGAACUAGAUACGAUACUCAUUGCCCAAGCACUUAAAUGAGAAAAAAAAAGAAAGAAAAACAGGCUUCUUGUGUCAAACUUCCAUUGAGCGAUUGCAGCCUGCAAACCAAAAACAGCUUCUUGAAGCAGCGUGUGAUGUGCGUGCGUGCGAGUGUGUGGAGUCAGGCCUGAUCAUGUGGAGUUGAACCCUCCACUUCUCAGAAUGUGCAAUCACAUUAAGGAUGCCGGUGCAGGCUUCCACAUCACCGCAGACAACUUGAGCCUCUCAAUUUUUAGCACCUAGUCAGUUGUUCGUUAUUGUUAUUAUAUGCAAUUUCCUCAUAUUUCAUAUAACUGCACGCCCUGUUUCAUGUUCAGGUGCCUGAGUGAAAAACCUUUUACAGCAAUUUUGAUUGUUUUAAAAAAAAAAAAAGUUCUCCCAGCUUAUAUCGUGCCAUUUUUUUUCCUGCUCCCCUGCCCCCAGUUUUGCGAUGCUGAAAUUCUUCCUUGUGACAUGGACGCAGCUAAAAGCAAUGAAUAUUUUUUGUUUUUUUUAGAUUUUAAAAGGAAAAGGCUUUUUUGGGUUGUGUGAGAGCAGAAAGGCCAAAAUCAGCCAAUGAAAAAGAUGUUGGAAGUAGCACAUGGUUAAUCUUAAUAAAUUAAUAUUAUUAUUAUAACAUGGUUUUUUUUUUCUUCAAAAUUCUGAACUAACUUAUCCAUAGAUGCACAAAUAGGAUGAGAUUUAAAAGGAAUAUAUGGCAUUGAAAGUCAGGAUUUUAUUUUAUUAUGCAUUUCACAUUGUUUAGUUGCUUAUUUAAGUCUGAUGUGAAGUUUUUCCAUCGGUAGCAAUGUUAAUAUUUGACGUCACUCACAAAAUAUAUCUGAUAUCUUAAUUUGGGAUGAUAGAAAUCCACUGCAUUAUGUAGAAUUACUUUUUUUUUUUUCCAAAUUUGACCAUACUUCGUAAUGUUUUUUUUUUUUUUUUUUUUUCCCUUGAGU